UGCUAAAAAUAAAUAACUGAACAAAAAGAAGUUGCUUGACAACCAGCGCGAAGCGCAAGCUAGCGGAGGUGAAAACUAUCGACUUCUACUUUUUGUCAUUAUUAUUAAGUUUAGUAUAGUCCUCCUUUUUGUAUACUUUUGAAUCGUUAAACACAUUUCGUGUAAAAUGUCUCUACCUGAGAGGUAUGCCUUCAUUGCUGAGUGGUAUGAUCAGAAUGCCGCCAUCAUACGAUCCUACCAGCUACUCUUCUAUGCUUCAGAUAAUACAGUGGAAAUGUAUGACAUUAAAAACAGACGGAUAUUCCUGAAGCGUUCCAAGAUUGACAACGUGAGGUUUGAAGACUUGUACAUCGGAGGGACAAUCAACGUUCACUCCAGGCAACUGAAUCUGGUCGAGUACGCAGACGAGUUCACUAAGAAACAGCUCAGCUCAAAGAAGGAAAAAACUCUUGCUAUGAUCAAACCUGAUGCCGUCUCCAAGUUUGGUGCAAUCAUUGACAUGAUCUACGGAGGCGGGUUUCUCAUCGCCAACGCCAAGAUGAUUCAGAUAACGAGGAAGGAUGCGGAGGAGUUCUACCAGGAGCAUGUGCAGAGACCGUUCUUUGACAAACUGGUCCGUUUUAUGGCCAGCGGCUCGAUCGUUGUCAUGGAGCUCAUGGGGAACAGUGCAGUCACAGAGUGGCGCAAACUACUAGGUCCGACGGACAGCAGCAAGGCACGCAGCGAAGCUCCAAGCAGCGUCCGGGCAAAGUUUGGCACAGAUCAGACCAUGAAUGCCUGCCACGGGUCCGACGCCACCGAGACCGGUCAGAGAGAAACAAAUUUCUUUUUCGGACCUGAGAAAAAGUGGAAAAACACUGCCAAGCUCUCUGGAAGCACGUGUUGCGUGAUCAAGCCUAGCGCCAUCUUGGAAGGUAAGGCGGGUAAGAUCAUGAUGGCCAUUGUGGAGGCAGGCUUUGAAGUCUCCGCCCUCCAGAUGUUCCACUUGGAGAAGGCCAAUGCAGAGGAGUUCUUUGAGGUCUACAAGGGCGUGGUGAACGAGUACAGUGAGAUGGUUCAGGAGCUGUGUUCCGGUCCCUGCUUUGCCCUCGAGAUCACCGGCAAAGGCGAGCGAACCGCAGAGGACUUCCGUGAAUUUGUGGGCCCAGCCGAUCCCGAGAUUGCCCGUAACCUCCGGCCAAAGACGCUGCGUGCUAUCUUCGGCCGCGACAAGAUCAAGAACGCAGUGCACUGCACGGACCUUCCCGAAGACUGUCCUCUAGAGGUGGCAUAUUUCUUCCAGAUUUUGGCCGACUAAUAAGAGAUUUUGAUUAAAUUUAGUAUUUCUUUUUGAAUGGCCUGUAAAGACUGGGUUGUGUGGUCACAACACAUUAUAUGUGGAGUUACGUCAACAUGAGAGUACCCAUACCCAAAGUAUUGGAGUAACUGGGAAGAGUAUAUGAAUACUUUGUGUAAAUGUGACUUGAUCCUACCAAAUGAGUCUUAAGGACAUUUAAACAAAGUAAAGAGAGCAUCAUAUUUUGCUCCUCAUUUUGAUGUAUUUUCAGUUUGCAUCUUAAAACAUUUGUAUCAGGAAAAUGCGUUCACUCUUCCUAUCUAUUUCCUGAAAGGCCUGGUUGCUCAAAAAUUGCCCCAGUGACUGUUGAGUUGGUCACAAAUGUUUGUUACCUUUUGAAGUCAUUUAUUGCAUUACAAAAUUACAAAUCUUGCAGAGAUAUUGUGGCUGUUCUUUUCAUCCAAUUUUUUUCCCGAGACUCGCACAAGAACUCUCUGUUUUCUAUUUUGCAACAUCGUUGUUUAAACAGAGGAAGGGUUAAACAGAUCAUAUGGUCAGUGUUUUUGUUUUGUUUUGAGAUUGGUAAAAAUUUUGUGGUUUUUUUUCUUGUGAGAAAAGAAAUCUGUGUUGGCGCAUUCAAAAACUUCCAUGAGUUUGCAUAUUAGCCAUUUUCAAUACGCAGACCUAUAUGUGUAUUCUUGUAUAUAAUAGAGUUAAACAUCUACGCUUGUAAGCCCUAAACUGCUUUAGAUUGUACACUAACAUUUUUUAUCUUCGCCUGAAAACUUUGACUUGAGAGAUGUAUAAAUUAUAAUACAUGCAUGUAUAGAAAAUGUCCUGAUGUUUAUAGACUUUUGACAAUUUUGCACAUAUUUGUUGUAUAUUUCCUUGAUUUCAAUUAUAUAGUUUUGAAUGCCAUGUUCACUCCCCCUCCUCCUCCCCCCCCCCC